AUGUCGUCUUCCGGUUCUGGCCUGCGGCAGGGCAUCCCGGAGGGGCACUGCUCGCCAGAACGCUCUCGCGCUGCUGCACAGAACUGGCCUAAGCCGAGCAGGCAUGUACUGUACUGGACUGCACCGUGUCGGCUGGCAUGUAUAAAUACUGCGCGCGGAGGCAUCUUGCCUAUCGACAGAGCCCGGAUGAUUGGUAGUGAUGAAAAGGAGAGUGAUAAAAAGGGGCCCCUGCGAGAAUGGUUUGUGAAUGAUUUCAGUCAUUAUUCAACAGUGCUGUACGGCGAGGGCGAGUACAGCAUCAGUUUCUUCAAAACUGGAGCAGUGAGCGGUAUUCCUGUUGUUUUUGUUCCUGGAAAUGCUGGUUCAUCGCGACAAGUGCGUUCUCUGGGAUCUGUGCUUCACAAUAAGACGGAAAGCAGAAGGCUGCCGUUCACGUUCGACGUUUUCGCCGUCGACUUUAAUGAGGAGUUAUCCGGCCUCUCGGGCAUGUAUCUGGAGCGGCAAAUCAAGUACCUCGGUGAGGCAGUGAGGCGCGUUAAGGCGUUGUACUCGUCGCCGCCUCCAGGCAUCAUAUUUGUUGGCCAUUCGAUUGGUGGGAUCGUUAUUCGGUCGCUGUUGCUCGACGCCAGUUUUGACCCUGCUCAGAUCGCAUUCAUCGUAACGCUGGGCACUCCACACAAACACCCACCGCUAGUGUUUGACUGGUAUAUGGAGUACAUCUACAGUGCAAUGCAUGAGGCAUGGAAGCGACGCAGGAAUGAGCUCGUUCACCUGCUGGUCCUGUCUAUUUCGGGUGGCUUGAAGGAUCACUUAGUUCCUGAGCAUUUGACUCUCGACGAUGAUGUGCAGCACGUUUCGACCACUGCUGUCGAUGGCAUUGAAUUGGAGGCCGAUCAUUUGUGCAUCGUCUGGUGUAAUCAGUUGGUUAGACGUAUUUCACGGCUGAUGGUCGCAUAUGCAACGGAUCCGAGCUCAUUUCAUACAAAUGCUAAGAGCUUUGUGCAGCAGCUGUUUGAUGCAGAUGGAGUGAUACGGAACCCAACGCAUACAGCAGUCCGCAAGAAAACAGUGCUCGUCGUCCGACAUGAACCGAUUUCUGUGAGGAACGAUAAGAAAGACGCAAAAGAGUUUAUUUUAUUGGUUUCACGUGGCAGUUGGUUAUUUAUUGUACGCAGCGCUGGGACUUCACUGUGGACAUUGUCUGGAGAUCCAGUGUAUUCUCUGAACACCUGGCGAGGAGCGUUUUAUACGCUUGUUCAUUCAGGCAAUUCAACAGGGUUUUCACUUUACGUCGAACCGAAGAAGUCUUUCCAAGCAGUCGUUCUUAAUGAGAAUCGAACAGAGUUAAGUAUUUUCAGUGGAAAUCCAGAACAGUGUUUUUUACAAGACAAAGAAAUGCCGGAGCAUAGUGCAGCUGUGCAUGUUGGAAUGUAUUCGCUUUUGAAGGGUUGUUUUAAGCCGUUGUGGCGGGUAGAUUUUAGCGGGCAUCAGUCAGCUGUUAUGCUUCCGAUCACUUUUGCAUCGCCAGCUAUUGCUGUUCUCAUAUCGCUUGAAACGGUUUCCUGCGUCAGUGCAAAAAGUUGGUUUUACGGCAUACUUUUUUCAAUUCAUUCAGAUCCGUUUGCAAAAAUUGAAUUCCGCAGCCGGGAUUUACGGCGUAUGAGCAGUCUUGGCGAUGCUAAGGAAGUUACUCUUGUGGGACAUUUGCUUCAUAAAGAGGAAACAAGGGCAGACACUUUCUUCAUACUGGACCCGCGUUGCCGCUUCCGUGCUCAUCUUGAUAUCGGUUAUGUGGAUUCCUUAAUUGUGGUAUGUUAUUACCACCUACUGUAUAAUAAAUCAUAG